AUGAACCGUAUAUUACAUACAGUAGCUCUCAUCUUUAUCGGUUGUUGUUCAAAUGUUGUAUUUCUUGAACUUAUUGUCAAACCCUAUCCUGGAUGUGGCAAUAUAGUCACAUUUGCUCAAUUUGUUUUUAUUUCAAUCGAAGGUUUUAUUAAUUAUUAUAAAUGGGGUUCAACACAAAGAAAAGUUCCUCUGAAAUCGUAUGGGGUAUUGGUGUGCAUGUUUUUCUUGGUCAGUGUGAUUAAUAAUUAUGCACUGAACUUUAAUAUACCUAUGCCAUUACAUAUGAUUUUUCGAUCGGGCUCAUUAAUUGCGAAUCUGAUCUUGGGAAUGAUUUUAUUGAAAAAAAGAUAUUCGUUUCGUCAAAUAUUUGCUGUGGUUUUAAUUACGUUUGGAAUCUUUUUAGCAACAUAUGCAUCUAGUCAAUCAUUAAAUAAACAAAAAGUAACAAAUAAGAUCCAAUCGAAUGAAAUGGAGCCUGAUUUUUUUAAAUGGCUUAUCGGUAUUGGUAUGCUAAUAUUUGCUUUACUUGUUUCGGCAUUGAUGGGUAUCUAUCAAGAAAAGCUCUAUGCAAAAUAUGGCAAACAUCCUCAAGAAGCUCUAUUUUAUUCACAUUUUCUGCCUUUACCACUAUUUGCUUUCGUUGGUAAAGAUAUUUACAAUCAUGCACAAUUAUUUAAUCAAUCUACUUGGUUGCCACUCUUUUCGAAUUUCGGGAUUCCAAUCAUGUGGGCUUAUUUGAUUUGCAAUAUGCUAACUCAGUACUUUUGUAUCAGAUCUGUGUUUAUAUUAACAACAGAAUGCCCAUCAUUGGUUGUGACAUUAGUUAUAACGUUAAGAAAAUUUAUUAGUUUACUUUUUUCAAUUAUUUAUUUUCAAAAUGACUUUACAUUGUAUCAUUCCAUUGGUACAGCAUCUGUAUUUAUAGGAACGUUUCUUUUUAGUAAUAUUGACAAAGAAAUUUUUCAUUAUUUUAAAAAACGACAUCAUCAUAACGAAUAA